GAUGAGUCAGAGCAUCAUGGCCUUCACACUGGUGCUCCUGCUGCAGCUGCUCCUGGUCUCACUGGCGUCUGCCUCUCAUCACAUGGGGGGAACCACGACCUACACCUACAGAGGAAAAGCCCCUGAUGGGAGACAUAUUGUGGACUUUCACAACAGGGACACCUACGACCGCUGUUCCUACUCACACUACUGGUCUUGUUACCAGGGUCAGUGUGGCUUAAAAGCCAGUACACAGUAUGGGAUAAUAGACAACAGCACGAAUGCUCCGUCUAACGAACAACUUUGGUGUGAAACUGAAACAGUUGAUACCAGAUACAUUUCCAGUGACAAACCUUUUCAAAUGAGGUCAGCUAGUUGUUGUUGGAUUAACACGCGUAAUGCAGGCGGUUGGUCAAAUUGGAGGCUACUGACUACUGUGGAUUUGGGAAGAAGAUCUGACACCAGAGAACCAAACAGAUCACCAGACAUUGCCAUCCUGCCUCUACUACGAGUUCCUCAGAACUGCCCACGGACCUACAAGCUGACUACCUUUGAUCCUGACGGUGACAAAGUUCGAUGCCGAUACGGAAAUGUCCAAAAUGUGGAAUGUGGCGCAUGUGACCAACCUUCAGGCUUCCACUUAAAUCCGGACUCCUGCACGUUACAAUACAACAGCACCAGUUAUGACCACAGAAGUUAUGCGUUUGAGAUGGUGGUUGAGGACUUUCCACGAGGGCACAUCACUCUGCAAUACUCAGACGGAUCUCAAACCUCCAAGAGUCCAGCAUUGAUGAGGAAAAAGAGGCAGUUACAGUACUAUACAACUGCAGCACCAGCCACAACACCCUGGCCUUGGUACACAACACCCUGGUGGUGGUGGCAGCAGCACUCAACCACAACAACUGCAGCACCAACUACAACUGCAGCACCAACCACAACACCCUGGCCUUGGUACACAACACCCUGGUGGUGGGGGCAGUACUCAACCACAACAACUGCAGCGCCAACAACAACUACAGCACCACCAACCACAACAACUGCAGCACCAACCACAACACCCUGGCCUUGGUACACAACACCCUGGUGGUGGUGGCAGCACUCAACCACAACAACUGCAGCACCAACUACAACUGCAGCACCAACCACAACACCCUGGCCUUGGUACACAACACCCUGGUGGUGGUGGCAGCACUCAACCACAACAACUGCAGCGCCAACAACAACUACAGCACCACUAACCACAACAACUGCAGCACCAACCACAACACCCUGGCCUUGGUACACAACACCCUGGUGGUGGUGGCAGCACUCAACCACAACAACUGCAGCACCAACAACA